GAAGAUAAAGUAACCUUUAAUGGCACUGUGAAGUUUUAUGUAAAUAUAUUUGACUUUAACACUAAAUUCUGGGUUCUUACCCUUUGUGUAUUGCACAUGUAAAUAAAUACAAUUCUGGACAAAUAUCAAACACUCUAUUUGGAGACAAUUGUUUGUGUAAUAAAUGCUGAAAGGGCACCAAACGGAUGGCUGUGACUCAAGCCGUACUGCCUUCAUUUUCAAACUUCUGCACCAACUCCGAAAACAUGAAGUUUGAAAAAGGCUUUCUGGAUCUGGACUCCAAGGAUCUGCACCAAAGCCCAGCCAGCUACAAACCUUCCCAGUUCCUGACUGAUGAGCACCAGGACGACAGCGAGGGAUGCUGGGACAUGGAGUUCCUACUGUCUGACUGGGCCAGUAUGUCACCUGAACGGUCCAACUCUCAAAACUACACUCCCCAGCGGCCGACCCUACAGGACCAGCUUCACAGUCCAGAUCUUUAUCAGGAGCUGAACGCACCAAAACCAAACAGACAUCAAGUGUGCGUUGCAAGUUCCCUAGCUGAGCUGCUUCCUCCUGAAGCAACCUUAAGUUCCUCCCUGCCUCCUGACCUCCAGUUUAAUUGUGGAUUUCUAGAUCAACAAGCUGCCAAAUCAUAUUCCCAGGCAGAAAACCCCCAGCAGUUCAGUGCUUUCCCUGUCACAAGUAAUGUAAACAGAGACAGCAGCAUGGGAAAAAUGGGGAAGUCCUGGGAUUUCGGACAUUACUAUCAGCCUGCGCCUCUGAUAUCCUUCCCAGACUCCAAAUUUGUCCAAACGCAGGGGAUCACAAUGGAAACAGUGGUCUUUCCUCCGCAUCAUCACUACAACUUCAUCCCGAGCUACUCGCAUCCCAGACUCUACCAGCAGCAGGCAAACUACGUCCACAGGCCGCCGCCGCAGAGCCACUUUCCCUCCACACAGAGCAUGGUGCCCGACUCCACAGUGCCGCCUGCAGGCCUUGAGAGCAAGCGCAUCCGCAGAGGGCUGGUCAAGAGGAAAGCCACGGUGCACAGCUGUGAAUAUCCAGGCUGCCAGAAGACAUACACCAAGAGCUCUCAUCUCAAAGCACACCUCCGUACACACACAGGUGAAAAGCCGUAUCACUGCACAUGGGAUGGCUGCGGGUGGAAGUUCGCCCGUUCAGACGAGCUGACGAGACACUUCCGAAAACACACCGGACAGAAGCCGUAUGAGUGUCUGCUGUGCCACAGAGCCUUCAGCAGGUCCGACCACCUGGCGUUACACAUGAAGAGACACGUGUGAGGAAAAACACUAACAAAACACAACAAACCACAUGAGCUUCAUCCAUUUCAAAGGCUUGCGAGGACCUGUGUUCAGCUGGAGAGAUGCUGGACGCUGUUUAUGCAUGAUAAAGAAAGUAUAGAAGCACUAUUAUAUACACAUACAAUCAGUGUUGGGGGUAACGUGUUACAAGUAAUGCAGAUAUUACUUUUUGAAGUAAAGAGUAAAGUGAUGCAGUACUUUUAAAAAUGAAUGUAAUGCAAGUUACUUUUUAGUUUAAUUAACCCAGAUAGCACACAUACACUUGAAGUCAGAAUUAUUAGUCCCCCUGUAUACUUUUCUCCCAAUUUCUUUUUAACAGAGAAAAAAUUUAUUUCUGAACACAAUAGCUUUAAUAACUCAUUUCUAAUAACUGAUUUAUUUUAUUUACUUUGCCAUGGUGAUAAUAAAUAAUAUUUUACUAGCUAUUUUUUCAAGACACUUCUAUACAACUUAAAGUGACAUUUAAAGGCUUAACUAGGUUUAUUAGGCAAUUCAUUGUAUAACAGUGGUUUGUUCUGUAGACAAUAAAAAAAUGCUUAAGGAGGCUAAUAAUAUUGACCUUAAAAUGUCUUUAAAAAAUUGGAAACUGCUUUUAUUUUAGCGGAAAUAAAACAAAUAAGACUUUCUCUAGAAGAAAUAAAUAUUAUAAGAAAUACUGUGAAAAGUUCCUUGCUCUGUUAAACAUCAUUUGGGAAAAAUAAAAAAAAAUGUAACAAAUAAAUAAAAUAAAAUAAAUUACAGGAGGGCGAAUACUUUUGACUUCAACUAUACGUCGAGGAAAAGUCAAUGAAAGAUCGUAACAUCUACAGCAUCGCAUUCGAUCAAACAUUUGUAUUUUAAUGAGCCGUCUUCUUUACCUCUAUACACUGUCUAUGAAUCUUCAACUCCUGAAAUUAUGCGAUGGCAAGCUCUGGUAAAAAGACGCAACAACUUCAUCUUGAAUAGCUUUAAAAAAUUCAUUGUUGAAUUAAAAUUGACAUUUUGAAAAGUGGAUUGUCUCACUGGACUGACUACUUAAUGCAUAGGAAAAAAGUACAAAAGUAGCAAACAUGUUGCUUUAAAUUUGCAUUAUUCUGUAUAUACAGCAUGUAUAGCUCAAAAGAUCACUUUAUUCUAAACAACUUUUAGAUGUGUGUGUGUGUUUUUUAAAGCUAAACAAAAGUUAUAGAGAGUGUUGUUAGUUGCAAAGCUCGUCAUAUAAAAAAAAAAAAAAAAAAAAAA